CACCUAACUAGCCCCUGAAUCCUCCUCCCGCGACAAAGGGGACAGGGCCAGGCAGACAAGCUCUCACGCAUCUCGGAUUCUCGCAUCGCCUCGCCUCGCCGACGCCGCGCAAGAUGCCGCUACGCGCGCCGCCUCUCCUCCUCCACCUUAUACUGCUCCUCCUCGUUCCCGCUCUCGCCGACGUCCCCGACCGCUACUCCUCUCCGCGCACGGGCGCGAGCGCCGGCGGCGGGCUCGGUAAUUCGCCCGCGCGGGAGUACCUCGACCCCACCUACCCGGCCCCGCGGCCGCCGCCGUUGGCGCCGUCCUGCGUCGUGCCCGUGCUCUCCUACUCCUUCGCCAACACCUACGGCGCCCCCCCCGCCACGGCCGCGUACGCGCCGCCCGCGGGGUGCCCCGCGCCCUGGUCUCUCGUCGUGCUCUCCUUCUCCGUCGCCAUCGCCGGGGACCAGUACGACCGCGUCGCCGCCGUCUGGCUCGACGGCGCCGAGCUCCUCCGCACCACCACCGCUGAGCCUACCCCCGACGGCGUCCGCUGGACAGUCCGCAAGGACGUGACCCGCCACUCCGCGCUCCUCCGUUCCCCAACUGGCGGCGUGCUCUCCGUCAUGCUCGAGAACCUCGUCAACGACCAGUACACCGGCGUGUACAACGUCAGCAUCUCCUUCGAGUUCCAUGGCGCCCCUUCUUACCUCGCGGACGCGGGAUUCUCCGCCGGCGCCGGCGCCGUCGAUCGCAAGCCGGCGACUCCGACGCUGCCGGAGUCGUACUUCCAGCCGGCGGACCUGAUCCUGCCGGUAUCGGAGGCCACGGGCAACAGCAGCGGCUUCUGGUUCCGCAUCCAGAACUCGUCGGACUCGCGCUCCAAGAUCGUGACCAUUCCGUCGAGCACCUACCGCGCGGUCCUGGAAGUCUUCGUGUCCCCGCACUCCAACGACGAGUUCUGGUACUCCAACCCGCCGGACAUCUACAUCCGCGAGAACAACCUCACCACUGGGCGGGGCAACGCCGCGUACCGCGAGGUCGUCGUGAGCGUGGACCGCCACUUCGCCGGCUCGUUCGUGCCGUUCCCGGUCAUCUACACGGGCGGCAUCAACCCGCUGUUCUGGCAGCCCGUGGCGGCGCUGGGCGCGUUCGACCUCCCGACCUACGACGUCGAGCUGACCCCGUUCCUGGGCCUCCUGGUCGACGGCAAGCCCCACGAGAUCGCCCUCAGCGUGGUGGACGGCAUCGCCGAGUGGCUCGUCGACGCCAACCUGCACCUGUGGCUGGACCCGGCUUCGUCGAGCGUGUCGGCCGCGCUCGGCUCGCACAGCACGCCGCGGCUGUCCAUCACCCGCCGGUACAUCACGCGGCUCCUGGACGGGAGCUUCGAGAUCGGCGCCAAGAGGAAGUACCGCUUCAGCGGGUGGGUGAAGUCGUCGUUCGGCAACUUCACGACGGAGGUGGAGGCAGAGCUGAAGGCGACGAGCCUGGUGGAGUUCAGCGACCAGGGCCGGAACAAGACCGUCCGUCUGCAGGCGGAGCAGGACACGGAGGUCACCGUCCGGUCGUCCGAGACGCGGCGGGAGGUGGGCAAGGUGGAGACGGAGGCCAAGUUCCCGCUGUGGCUGGAGAUGGUGACCGAGGACGGCGAGAACGGCACGUACGUGAUGAGGACGAACCUGACGCACUCCCUGAGGGUCGAGACGGAGGCCGAGGCACAAGGGCUGUUCGAGCGCGAGACGAAGCUCGCCGACGAGCAGGCCGCCGUGGGGUGGAUGCUCGUGAGGGAUCACAGCGUGCUCAACGGGUCCGCGGCCACGACGCAGGCUUACCGGUACAGCGACGACGCCGGGCGGUACGAGCGGGCCAUCGACACGCUGGACGGCGCCGUGCUGAGCGACAACGUGACAGAGAGCUCCCGCGGGCUGGAUGUCGCUGCCUCGAACGCUUGCUGCCGCGGGAGGAGGUGCCAUGGCAUCGUGGCGGCCAAGUGCUCGGACAUUGCUGCGAUGUGAGAGGCCAUCUAUGGCAUGGGAAUCAAAUUCCUCAUACUUCAGAGUGAGUCGUUCCUCAUGCAAAGAUGGCGGUUUUGCUUCCGGUGUGAAACCAGUGUACUUGAGCUUUUUGGGUGCCUGCUGUUUGUACUAUGAGUAGCGAAGUGCACGCGUGGCCGAAAUUGUCAGUAGUUUUGUAUACCCUGGAUAAAAUAAGAUGUUUCCGAAAAAGUUAAUAAAACGGGGGUUGCUUUGUUGGCUA